UCAGAGACAGGGGCCUCGAGGCAGGCACACGCACCAUGGGUCGCCCAGAGCUGGCUGUCUUAGGCCUCGCCUGCUGCUUGGCAGUAGUGAGCGCCGCAAAGCUGGGUGUGGUGCUCACGGAAGGGGGCUUCGUGGAGGGCGUCAACAAGAAGCUUGGACUCUUCGGCAUCGGCGGCCGCUCUGUGGACAUCUUCAAGGGCAUCCCCUUCGCUGCCCCGCCCAAGUCCUUGGAGAACCCCCAACCGCACCCAGGCUGGCAAGGGACCCUGAAGGCCAAGGACUUCAAGCAGCAAUGCCUGCAAACCACUGACACCAUAUUAAAUACCAAGGGCUCCGAGGACUGCCUCUACCUCAACAUCUGGGUCCCCCAGGGCCAGAAGGAAGUUUCCCAGAACCUGCCUGUCAUGAUCUGGAUCUUCGGAGGAGGCUUCCUCAUGGGGUCUGCCCAAGAAAAAAGCUUCUUCAAUAACUAUGAGUAUGACGGGGAGGAGAUUGCCACACGGGGCAACGUCAUUGUGGUCACCUUCAACUACCGCCUCGGGCCGCUGGGCUUCCUCAGCACUGGGGACACCAACCUGCCAGGUAACUACGGCCUUCGGGACCAGCACAUGGCCAUCGCGUGGGUGAAGAGGAACAUUGCGGCCUUCGGGGGGGACCCUAACAACAUCACCAUCUUUGGGGAAUCAGCUGGAGGUGCCAGCGUCUCUCUGCAGACCCUCUCUCCCUACAACAAGGGCCUCAUCGGGCGAGCCAUCAGCCAGAGCGGCGUGGCACUGAGCGCCUGGGCCAUCCAGAGGAACCCUCUCUCCUGGGCCAAGGAGAUCGCCAAAGAGGUGGGCUGCCCCUUGGACGAUACCGCCAGGAUAGCCAAGUGUCUGAAGGUCACCGACCCCCGGGCCCUGACGCUGGCCUAUAAGAUACCCCUGUUGGGCAAGAAGUACCCCUUCCUGUACUCUUUGGGCCCCCUGCCUGUUGUGGACAGAGACUUCAUCCCCGACGAUCCCAUCAAUCUUUUUGCCAACGCGGCCGACAUCGACUACAUCGCUGGCACCAACAACAUGGACGGCUACAUGUUUGCCAAAAUUGACGUGCCGGCCAUCAACGUGGACUUGCUGACUGUCACGGGGGAGGACUUCUUCAAGCUGGUCAGUGGGUUCACCAUCACCAAGGGACCCAGAGGUGCCAAUGCCACCUUUGACUUCUACACGGCGUCCUGGGCUGAGGACUCCUCCCAGGAGGCCAAGAAGAAGACGGUGGUGGACUUGGAGACCGACAUCGGCUUCCUGAUGCCCACGAAGAUGACUGUGGCCCAGCACAGAGCCAAUGCCAAGAGUGCCCGGACCUACACCUACCUGUACUCCCACCCAGCUCACAAUCCAUCGUACCCCAGCUGGGUGGGCGCCGACCACGGUGAUAAUCUUCAGUACGUGUUUGGGAAGCCCUUUGCCACCCCCAUGGGCUACCGGGCCCAAGACAGAACUGUCUCCCGGACCAUGAUCGCCUACUGGACCAACUUUGCCAGAACUGGGGACCCCAACCAGGGCCACUCGGCUGUUCCCACCCAAUGGGAGCCCUACACCCAGGAAAACGACAACUACCUGGAGAUUAACAAGAAGAUGGAUGACCAGUCCAUGAAGCAGCACCUGAGGAGCAGCUACCUGCAGUACUGGACCCAGACCUACCAGGCACUGCCCACUGUGAACGGAGAAGGAGUCGUGCCCGUGCCCCCCUCGGACGACUCUUUGGCCAUCCCCGUGCCUCCCUCGGACGAUUCUGAGGCCGCCCCUGAGCCCCCCACUGGUGACUCUGAGGGGGCUCAGAUGUCCGCAGCCAUUGGCUUCUAAUGUCCUGGCCCCAGAGGCCACAGGUGGGACCCAGGGAGCCCACCUCCCUCCCUAGCUCUUCCUGAAUAAAGCCACUUCUCUCUCUGGCAACCCUCUUUGCCCUCAUGA